AUGCCCCCCACACAAUCAUCGCCACGGCCUCAGGCCGCGCCAUUACCGACGAAACGCGGGGAAAUCGGGUACGACGAGGAGGCGCACGGGCGUGCAAUGGCACAAAUGGACCAACAAAUCGCGGCGGAGCGGCCGCAGGUGGCCAUGGGCGAGCGCCAUCCCGCAGACCUACCUCCAGAACGGAAUGCCCCUGCCGGCCCACCCGCAGAAGCGCCCGCGAAUCCGGCUGCCGCCGCUAGCACGGACAACGUUUCCAUGUCAAGCGCCGCUGCUAGGAUGGCGAAGUUCAAGAAGAUCCGCGCGCGUCAUGUUGGAGGUGUCACCAUAAUCUCGUUCAUCAAACUCAUCCUUAGUAUCUUCGUACUUUCCGGAACGGGCGUCGGAUGGGCAUUCUCUAUCAUUAUGCUCAACAAAUCCUCGAACAACGUCGACCCGAACCAGGUCGAUACCGGUUUCUCUGGCACGAAUUCGCAGAUCUUCGUACAUGUCGCAUUCGGAGUGAUCACCCUGGCCCAGUUUGUCCUCCUCGAGCGCUUGAUCUUCCGCGUCCGCGCCGAACGGUAUGCGUUCAAGCAUCCGGGCGAGAUGCUGCGGCGGGGUGGGCGUAUGAACACUUCCAUGCCGAUGGCACCGUGGCAACGCCCUCCGCUUCCAACAUACGCAGCCGCGCUCGCGCAGAGUGGCGUACGUACCGGAGACGUCGAAGAUGGGCUGAUCGCCCAGCCCCCACCUCCAGCAUACGGGAAGACGCGCGGCAGCACGCUCUUGUUGCAGGGGUUCCUCAACACCGAGCAUCGCCAGCGUAUACAGAUGUAUGACGAGGAAGCGCAGAUUGACGCCAACGGAAACCCGAUAGAAUCACGUCGGGGAAGUCGGGGCAGCCUCGGUUCCAACUCCGUCGUCAUGGUUCAGCAUCCCGACCGUCCCGUCAGCUAUAGGGAGAACGACCCGGAGUGGCAAGAGUUUAUGGAUGCGCAGCGUGCUCAAGCCGUAGAGCAGGCUCUCGCGGCCAUGGAGGGCACUGGUGUACCUCGCGCUCACAUCAGCGAUCGGGAUAGGCCGUAG